UUCAGUUUCCGACUAUUGCUCCAGCAUUCACAUUGAUAUUUAAUACUUACAUAUUAAACUAAUACUGAAAUACUGAAUGUGCGUCUCUGACAGUUAUAAGUAAUUUUACUGUAUUAAAUAAAAAGAUUCAUUAAUUGUGAUUAUUUUUUUUUCGAAUAUGGCGAGUAUUGAUGCUUGUCUGUCAGUAACACAAAAAAUACUUAAACAAAAAAAGACUUGCAGAAAACUGUAUAGUAUUCAACAUCUAUUGUCUAAAAGAAACCAGUCAUCGUUAUCACAAAAUGACCCUGAAAAGUGCGUAAAACAAGAUAUCGAUAUCACAUUAUGCAAAUCCUCAAAGCUUAAUGAUAAUGUCACCAAUAUUCUAAAAAGUGGCACUCAAAUCAAAUUUGGCACAAUUUUCACUGAUCACAUGCUCAAAAUACACUACGACAAGCAUGCAGGUGGCUGGCAGAAACCAUACAUCACUCCCAUGGAACAUCUCCACUUACAUCCUGCAGCCAAAGUUCUUCAUUAUGCCACUGAGGUGUUUGAAGGAAUGAAGGCAUAUAGAUCAGAACAUGGUCACAUGAAUCUAUUCAGACCGGAACUUAACUUACAAAGGUUAAACAAAUCGGCUGAGCGAGUAGGCCUACCACCAAUAGAUUCUAGUAUAUUACUCAAAUGUAUUGAACGCUUGGUGUCCAUCGACAACGAGUGGUUACCUGUGUCUGCUCCGCUCAGUUUAUACAUUAGACCUAACCUCAUAGGCACAGAAGGCACUCUUGGUGUAGCACAAGCAAAUACAGCCCUACUCUACGUAAUUAUGUGCACAGUGGGAUCAUAUUUCUCUGAUAAAUUCAAGUCUGUCCGACUGAUGGCCAACCCGAAAUAUGCCAGAGCUUGGCCAGGUGGCUGCGGUGACUCUAAAAUAGGCGCAAACUACGCCACCACAUUAUACCCUCAGGAACUAGCAUCAAAAUUAGGUUGUCAUCAAAUGCUGUGGUUAUUUGGUGAAGACCGACAAAUUACUGAAGUUGGAGCGAUGAACGUGUUCAUUUUUUACAAAAAUCAAAAUGGCGAAAAAGUAUUAGCCACUCCAGCAUUAAAUGGUAUGAUACUACCAGGCAUMACAAGGCGCUCAGUAUUAGACUUGACUAGAGAGUGGGACGAAUUCCGUGUUGAGGAGAGAAAAUUUACAAUGGAUGAAUUAAUCGAACUCAAUAACAAUAACCAAAUACUUGAAUUUUUCGGAACUGGUACAGCAGCAGUCAUUAGCCCAGUAUCAUCCAUAUUAUAUGAAGACACAUGUGUGGAAUUACCAACCAUGGACCAAUCAAACCCAUUGUAUGCUAGACUCUUUAAAGCGAUUACUGACAUACAGUACGGUCGGGUAGCACAUCCGUGGACCAGAGUAGUGGACGAAAGACCACAUUUGUAUGAAUCUCAGAACUAUAAAUAUGCAAACUAGGUUGCAAUAUAUCAAUAGAUUCCACGACACUUGAUAGCGGUCAAUAGAUGCUAGUGCAAAUAAUCGACAAUUAAUAAAACCUUGAAUGAAUAACUGUAAUUAACUACCAAAUACGAUAAAACGUUUAAAGAAAAAAUAAUAAUAUUAAUAAUGAGGUAAUACUUUGAUACAUAAGUUGGCUGAAUAAAAAAUAGCAAGGCACCAAAAUUGUAUUAAUUUCAUUGUAGAUCAAUGAAAAGUAAUUUUAUUCUUAAUGAACAUUUUUUGUCAGCCAGACUACAUCAUCUACACUUUAAGAUAAUAAUAAAAUAGUUUAUUUUUUAUGACAACCAGUUACUUCUAUAACAGUUUCAAAAUGUUCCUAAUGAUAAAUUUUUUUGUAUAGAUAUAUAUAAUUUUGAUAUAAUAGGAAGAAAUGGAAAAGGAUUAAGACAAAAAAAAUUAUUUCAUAAUUUAUGAAUUGUCUACUAAAUAAUAAUAUAUAGACCGCUAUCUAUUGUCGGUAUAACUGUUAACUAAUGUGAAGUUAAUUUGUUUUGUUUUUGAAAAAUUAUUUUUCUGAUUUAAAUUAUUCUUUAAGAAUAAUUAUAACUAUUAAACCAUUUGGUACCUGCAGCAAU